CAAUGGAGGCCGUAACCUCUGGCGAUUGUCACCAUCAAAGUUCAUCUGCUCUAAAAUACUGUCGACGUAAUUACUCUUUUCUCUCAAGAUGAAGUAGAUAAAUUGAAAUUCAUCAGGAUUCACCAAUUAUUUUAGACCGAAUCAGAAAGUUUGAGGAUCUGGGUGCUUGAAGUUAUGGUCGUGGGUCCUUGGAGGAAACUUCUCGUGGAAACAAAGGAAAUCCUGGAAGUAUUUAUGGGCAUCGAAGGACGAUCUCGGGGACAGUGAAUCAGGAAACAACUGGAGAAGGCCAAGGAUGUCGAAUCAAGUGCAACGACUGGUGAACUGUCCCUCGUGAUUCCCUUUUUUGAUGAGAUACUGCAGUGGCUGCAGGAACAGUGGGUGUUCUUUUUAUAGACAACAUCGACCUCUUUUCUGUGUACGAAUCGGAGAGUCGAUCAGUUCAACUCUGGACGUUCUUCUGGUUACUCUUUCUCUGAUCUUCAAUUUAUUGUAUAAUUGCAAAAUGGAUAAUGAUGAAGAGCAGAAGAACAGUAUGGAGGAUCCUGGCCCCUCCCUGAACCAUCAGCCAUCAUCUCCAAAUAGUCCUGGUGCCUCUAACAACUCGGGAAAACAAUGGGUCUCAAAUUUCAUGGCUGGAGCAUCCCCGCCAAAGUUUGUAUCUCUGGAGGAAAUUGUCCAGGCAGCUAAUGGGAUGAAGAAUAUGGCACUGGCCCAUGAAAUUGCUGUUGAUAAGAACUUCCAGCUUCAGCGACUGGAGCCAGAGGAGAAUAGUAUCCAGAAACAGGUGAAGGAGGUGAUGCACAAGGCCUUCUGGAACAUUUUGUCUGGUCAAUUGAGUGAGGAUCCACCGCAGUACACACACGCCCUCGUGCUACUCAAAGAAAUACGUGAAUCUUUGGAAGAACUGGUCCUGCCGCACCACACGAAAAUUCGUGACAAUCUGCGUGAAGUCCUGGACAUUGAUCUCAUAAAGCAGCAAGCGGAGAAAGGAGUCUUGGACUUUAGUAAGUACUCACAGUAUGUCCUCUCUGUGAUGAGUAAGGUGUGUGCACCAGUGCGAGAUGAGAAAAUUCGUGAAUUGGGUGAAUGCACCGACGUCGUGGAAACGUUCAAAGGGAUUAUGGAAACGAUUCAGUUGAUGAAACUCGAUCUCGCAAAUUUUACAAUCUCGAUGAUGAGACCUAAUAUCGUAGCGUCUAGUAUUGAAUACGAGAAAGCCAAAUUCGCUGAGUUUCUCAAGGUGACAACGGAUGGACUCCAGUUCACCAGGUUGUGGCUGCUCAAGCAUCUGGAUGAGGCCAAAGUCCAAGCUGCUGGGGCUGAUCCCAAUGGAGUUAAACAAAUCACUCAUUAUCUGCUUGCUGAGGCUUAUCUCGAUUUACUUAACUGGGAUUCUAGUCCUGAGGCUGAGACCCUCAUGUUGGAUCAGGGUCGCCUUUUAGAACUCAGAGACAAGAUAAAUCAUCUAGCUAUCGUUGGUUCUACACUUCUACUGUGUAGUAAUACUGUGGGAGCACCUGUUCAAGGAGUUGCAGCCUUCAAGAAAAAUGUGAAGGAACAUCUGAAUAUUCUCUUGGAUUCUGUGCAUUCUAACAAGGCUUUAGCGGAAGUUAUGCCGAAUAUUGUACUUCAAGUUAGAGAAGAUGUGAAAGCUACUUUGAGUCAAGUUGGUGCACCACAGCUAACUGCAGACGUUGAAUCUAUUCUUCAGGGACAAAUAAUGGAUCUUGUGAAUGAAGAUCAUAAAAUUCGGCAACUCGUCAACUUGAGGAUACGACAAUUCCUCCAGAAAAUAAUUCUGAGCCAAACAGCAGUGCCGACUCAAGUGCCUCCCGGCUUGUCCUCCCUCCAGGAGGAAUUAGCAGCAGUAGCUGCACGAUUCUUCAUAAUAGUUGCCCACAAUCGCAGUGUCUUCGGUGACUAUUACCAAGAGAUCGUAGCAACUGAAAUAGCUCGGAGAAAAUCCACCCUGGGAUCGUCUGACAACGUCACCGAUGGAAUGGAUGCUUAAUUAUUACGCAUAAAUGUCUGCAAAUACUAUUUACUGCAUUAAAAAAUGUAUUCCGAUGUUUAACAUCGAAUCAAAUAUCUACAAUUGAAAUACCGCGGUCAGGAUUUACCUGACGAUCUAUGCCCAGCCACUGUUUCAUUUUUUACUCUAAAUAAUUUUUUGUAUCACGUUUUAAUGAAGUAAUCACUUAGAAUCGAAUGAAAUAAUUUGCAAAAACUGAGAAUUUGCUAUUAGUACUGAAAAGAGAAUCGGAUUGUGAUAGGAAAUGCAAUUUGUAUGCAAUAUGUAAUGAAUUAGAGAAUUGAUAACAACGUGGGAAGAAAUCGCGGUUACUUCGUUCCUUAUUCCCACCUGGGGAAUUUUAUUGUAAUUAAUAAAUACUUUUAAGGCA